AUGCACGCGCGGGUGGACUCACGUUUGCCGAACGCCUCGAACGCACAGAGGAGGACGAAGCACCGAAAGAAAACGCUGACGAGUGCGCGACCGACGUGGCGCGCGCAACGGAACCUGCGAUGUCACCGGCACAAGAAAACGUUCCGCCGAACGAAUCUCACGGGCGCGACGCGCAGACUACGGCGUGCCAGGUACCAGUCACUCAGGACGAAGCAUGUGUGCCAUCUACUGAUGUCACGCCCGCGUGUACGCCGCGACGAUCGGCUCGCGCAUCGAAGCCCAGUCUGCGUUUGCAACGUGUGUACACGACGCGUCCACGUCGAGCUCUCGCAUAAUAAUACAUGUACAUUACAUCGCGGCGCGCUGCAAGUGUACUAUCUCUCCAUUGUCACUCCGGACUACUCUUCGACGAGUGGCAUGCAGGUGGUCUACCCCACCAAGUUUUGUAAGACUGUUGAAAUGAAUUAUCAAGCUGUUCUGGCGUGUCCUAUACGUUUCAAGCUCUUCUACAGGCGUAGCGUCAAGGUGCGAAGUAGUCCGCUGAAUCAUUCGAGCCCUUGCUAUUCUCCUGUCCAGUGCGGUGUCAUCCAUGUGUACGACGGCAUCGACAACUUCCGCAGCGUGUCCUGCGUUUCUGUCCCGCCGCUCAGCCAAACGAUGCGCGUAAUAUUCCGCGUCCUCCACGUCACGCUCGUGCCACACCUGGACCACAGCGGCAUCUCGCUCUUCAAAAUCUGCCACAAUCACAGCCUCUAG